AUGCCACUCGUUACUCGGUCUCAGCAGCGCCUCGCCGUCUUUGGCGCCGUCAUCCUGCUUGCCCUGCUGAUAGCCGACGUCGCCAUCCUCUGGAGCGAGUACAGUACCACCAUUCUCUACGAACAAUGGCUGCCUUCCGUAGCAGGCGCCCACGAGCAGCGCAUCGGGAACAAUGUCUGGCAGAAGACCACGGAGCCUACACCCUACUUCGAGGUCCGAGAUAAGCACCCCAUCAAGAAUUUGAUGCGGGAGGGCGACAAGAAGUUCGAGGAGUACAUUGCGCACAGGAGCAAGAACUUCAAAGAGACGGUGCGGAGAUACCGAGAAACAUAUGGCAGACACCCUCCGCCAGGCUUCAAACAGGUAGGUCGACUCACGUCGAGCUGGCCGGGAGAUGUUGUCUUGUAGGGCUGGUAUUGACUCGGCGCGAUAGUGGUACAAGCUGGCACGGAAGCGCAAGGUAUACAACAUCGACGACUUUCAACAGAUACACGACGACUUACGGCCGUUUUGGGCUUUACCGCCCCGCGAGAUACGAAACCUAGCAGCUCAUGCUUCGGAUGACGAUGGUCAUGCUCUUUCCACCAUCAGCAUUCGCAAUGGACAGGUCAAUCAGAGGACUUGGGGAUGGCGUUCGGAAACGUUUAUUAGGUUGCUUGGGACAGUCGCCGAGUGGCUCCCGGAUAUGGACAUACCGAUGAACCGCAUGGACCAGCCGCGAGUGAUUGUGCCGUGGGAGGACAUGCAACGAUACCUGGAGAUUGAGGAGAAGACAAGGUCGACGGGCGAAGCAGGCGUAAGGGAUGGGUUUACGAAGGAUUCGAAUGCGCUGCAUGUUCCGCGACCGCGGGAUGGCGUUGCGGCGUGGAUAGAUCGCUGGAAUCCAUUCCAGUAUGGCGUCGAUGAACGUCGCGGGGACGCAGCUGACGAUCCACCACCACCGGACUACGGCUGGUUUGGUUACCCGGGUGGUCAAUAUAUGGAUCUUGCGGCGAAAGCGUGUCCCCCCGAGUCGUAUGCUCGGAAGCCAUCCUCGACGAAGCUGUACAAGAAGACUGAAGCUUCGUACAAAGACCCACUCGGUGGCUUCAUCACCAACUUCAACUUGUCCUCGGACCUGUGUACCGUCGGCCCUCAGAUCCAGAACCUGCACGGUCUUUUGUACGCCAGUACGUCCCUGACCGCAACUCACAAGCUUGUCCCAGUGUUUGGCGAAUGCAAGGUAAACGUCAACAACGACAUCCUGUUCCCGGCCAACAUGUACUGGAAGGAUGAUGAGCGGUACAAUUACGACGACCAUCAGGACUUGAGCUGGGAUGACAAGAACGACAUGAUGAUUUGGCGUGGCGUGACGAGCGGUGGCAACACUCACCAAGACGACGAAUGGCGCUGGCGGAACAUGCAUCGGCACCGCCUGGUCCUGAUGACCAACAGCACCGAGGUCGCCGAGAACAAGUCGUCCAUCGUUGCUCUCACAGACCCCAAGACUGGCGAAUAUGGUCCCAAGGAGUUCAGAAUCGGCCCCUUUGCCGAGAAGCACACGGACAUCGGCUUCACGGGUCUGCUCGCGUGUAUCCCGAACUGCGACUUUUACAACCCAUUCCUCAGCUUGAAGAACUCCAUGUCCUUUGCUGAGACCUUCCGAUCGAAAUAUCUUAUUGAUGUCGAUGGGCAUUCGUUCUCCGGCCGCUGGCGCGCAUUCCUGCAGUCGCGAUCCCUGGGGCUCAAAGCCACCAUUUUCCGCGAGUGGCACGACAGCCGACUGUUUGCAUGGCGGCACUUUGUCCCGGUCGACAACCGAUAUGAUGAUCUGUACAGCCUCCUGGCGUACUUCAUGGGCGUAGGCCCAUCAUCGAAGAACCGCGACGUCGCCGCGCAGAAUCCGAACCACGGCGUCUCGGUCUGGCGACACGAUUACGAGGCGUUGAAGCUCGCGCAGCAGGGGCGGGAAUGGGCGGAUAAGGUGCUCCGGCGGGAGGAUAUCGAACUCUAUGUCUUUCGGCUGUUGUUGGAAUACGGCAGGAUCAUCGAUGAUAACAGACAUCGCAUUGGAGUUGUCGGGGACGGUGGGGCGGAGAUGGAGGCUUUCGAUCGAGAGUAUCCCGCUGUGGUGUAG